CUCCGGAGCCGCGGCUUCCUGGAAGCGGAGCCCGGCUGGGCGGCGAUAAGCGGCGAUAAGCGGCGGCUGUCCCGGCCCUCCCGGCCGCCCGCACCCGCCGCGACAGCCGCGACAGCAGCCACGACAGCCGCGACAGCCGCCACGGCAGCGGAGCCGAGCCGCGCUCCGCGCCCGCCGGCCCGAGCGCAGGGGGGGCACAGGAGGCAGCAGACGCGCUGAGGGGAGCCAUGUCGGUGAAGCUCACCUUUGUGUCCCCUGGGGACGGCGGUGGCAUCAGCAGGAGCUGCUCCUUCACCGGGUUCAGCACCGUGCAGAGCAGGAGGCUGGGCAAGUCCCUCAGCAGGAGCUCAGUGAGGUCCAGGGUGUCACUGAAGCCCCCCAAGGCCUACAAUUCCCUGCAGAAGGGGGCACUCAUCUGGGAUCCAAAGCCACUGCAGGUGAAGAAAAUUUUUGAAGCUUUGAAGAAAGGACUUAAUGAAUACCUGGAAGCACACCAGGCUGAGCUGGAUUACCUCUCUGGGCGGCACAAAGACACGAAGAGGAACUCUAGAUUGGCUUUCUACUACGACCUGGAUAAGCAAAUCCGCUCAGUGGAGAGAUACAUCAGGAAAUUGGAGUUUCACAUCAGCAAGGUAGAAGAGCUCUAUGAGGCUUACUGCAUCCAGUGCAGGCUGCGCGACGGGGCCAGCAACAUGAAACAAGCCUUCUCCCUGUCCCCUGCCACCAAAGCCUCCAGGGAGAGCCUGGUGGAGCUCUACAAGAACGUCCAGGAGUGCACAGAGGACAUGUGCUUCAUAGAGGGGGCUCUGGAGGUGCACCUGGGAGAGUUCCACGUGAAGAUGAAAGGGCUGGUGGGAUUUGCUCGUCUCUGCCCAGGAGACCAGUAUGAGGUGUUCGUGCGACUGGGGCGCCAAAAAUGGAGGCUGAGAGGCAAAAUUGAGACUGAUGACAGCCAAACCUGGGAUGAGGAAGAAAAGAUUUUUAUACCCAAUCUGCACGAGAAGUUUGAAAUCAAGGUGACAGAGCUGCGAGGCCUGGCCACUGUCCCGGUGGGGGUGGUGACGUGUGACAGCAUCAGCUUCUUCAGCCCCAAGCCCCAGGCCAUCGUGGUGGACAUCACCGAGCUGGGCACCAUCAAGCUGCGCCUGGAGGUCCUGUGGAACCCCUUUGACACAGAGAACCUGUUUCUGUCACCUGGAAGCACUGCCAAGUUUUCUGUGGGCAGCAGGAAGAGCUCCCUGUACAACUGGACCCCCCCAAACACGCCCAGCUUCAGAGAGAGGUAUUACCUGUCUGUUCUGCAGCAGAGGCAGAGCCCGGGGCAUGGCGGGGAGGAAGGCCAGCCCCCCAGCAUCCUGAGCUACUUGGCUGCCUGUGACUUCGAUGUCCCUGGGAGGAACAAGCCCCACAACCCCGCGGAGACCAGCGAGGGAGACUCGUUCAGCUCGGAGGACCAGAAAGGGGCAGAAUCCCGAAGCACAACCCCGGCCCUGGACCACAGGAUGCUGCCGCUGGUGAUUAUCCAAGAGACCGGAGCAGAAGAGCUGCAGCAUCCCCUGCCAGCCCACAGCACCCUGGACAUCCUGAAGAAGACCCCAUGCGGGGAUGGGUUCCCAAGGAGCCCCUCCAGCUUUGCCCCCCGUCACAAGGGCAGCAGGGACUCCUUCAGCCAGGCCCGGAGCCGCCGCCUGGCAGAGCAGGAGAACAUCAGCCAGGGAAGCUGGAGCGACCCCAGGGCCGAGGGGCGAGCGAGGCCGCUGGACAGGAGCGUGCGGGACGUGCUGGAGCUGCUGCAGCGGCCGGAGCGGGGCCGGGCGCCGCUGGACGCGCUGCGGGGCCAGGUGUCGGCUCUGCGGGACAGGCUGAAGCUGAAGACACUUCACAAACAUUCUUCUAUGGAGAGUUUGAUGGUGGAGACAGUGCUGGAGAGCUUUGAUUUCCUGAACAAUGACUGCAGUGCUGACGAGCUGUCCUUGUUUGGGAGCAUCAGGACAGGCAGUGUCAGCACGUGCAAUGACAGCGUGCUCCAGUCCCUGAGCUGUGACACGAGGCCAGAGGCACGGGAUGUGACCACUGGGGACGACAACCUGGAUGUGCUGCUGCUCACACACCUGAGGCUGUGCAAAGCCCUCCUGCAGAAACUGAGGACACCAAACGUAGCCCAGGUGGUCCAGGAGAGCAUUUUGGAAGAAGUGUCAGAGCAGACACGAGUCCUGGGGGAUGUCCUGGAUCUGUCUGUUGAGAAAAUUAUUCAGAAGACUAAAAAGAAGAAGCAAUAUCUGAAAAUCUGGAGUGAUCUUGCAGAGCCGGGCAGCAGCAUCUUGGUGACCUCAGCAGAAAGGUUCCGUCAUGCUCUGAAAUACACCAUGAUGCUGAAGGUGAAGGAGAAGUACCCCAGCCACCUGGAGACAGUGCUGCAGAGGCUGCUGGAGCAGAUCCUCACCUGCGAUGGGCUGCUCCCCUGCUCCCAUUUCCAGACGGAGCCCGUUACUCUGUUCCAGUUUUUUCGGUACCUGGAGAGACACCGCAUUGGCAGCCUGGAGAAACACCUGGCAAAGCUGGCUAAAGAAGUGAUGCUGAUCGAGGAGCUGCAGUGCCCCGGCAGGCUGAAGGCGCUGAAGAGGCUGAAGGGGAAGAGGCUGAGCCGGCUGCAGCCGCUGCCGCGGACGCUGCGGCUGCUGGGGCUGCUGCAGCUGGACGAGAACCACCGCGUGGGCCGAGCGGCCACGGCCUGCCUGGCCCGGGCGGGCGGCGGCGGCCUGCGGGCCCGGGCCGUGCUGUUCUACAGCGAUGCUCUGUCCGGCCGUGAGGCGAGGCUGCAGCAGGCGGCGUGCCUGGCUCUGAAGAACCUCAGGGCUGUGGAGAGCAUUGAGCAGGUUGCCCACCUGUGCCAGUCUGAAACAGAGGAAGUCAGGAAUGCAGCCAGGGAAACCACACUGUCCUUUGGGGAACGGGGCCGACAAGCCUUUGAGAAGAUGGACAGGAUCUGCUGUGAGCUGAGGGAAACAGCUCAGGAGGCCGAGAUUGAAAUCACAGUGUUUUAGCAGUGGGAUGUGAGGAGCUGGAUCCCGUUGUCCUCACAGCCACACGGGUCCCUGAGGGUUUGGUUUUGCCUGGUUUCCUCCUGUCCUGUCCCUGCUUUCUCCUGCCCCAGGACAGGUUUAUUUCCAAAGGGAACAGUUUGUCAUCUCCAUGAUGCAGCCUGGAAUGUAUUUUCUGUCUCUCAGCACAUGAUGAAAUACUAAGUGCUGGACAGAUCAAAACUGAGAUCUCUCAGAAUGUGGAUCCAGGUCUUAACUGGAGUUGAAUCUCCAUCUUGCAGGGAUUAGCUGCCCUGCUCCAACUCUGUCCAGUAUGAUCAGUUUUCCCAGGAAGUGCUUUAUGAAUUUGGCAUUCUCCAAGGAGAGAAAUGACCACUCUCCCAGACCAACUGCCCUGUCAGUAGAACAAAUCCAGCAGCACUGCUGGGUGGUUUCCUUUGCUUGGGCCAUUCAGCUGCAGAAGGAGAACCUGCUACUGCCUAAGUCCCUUUGCAAUUGCUGCAGCUCAGCCAGGCCCAGCAGGGCCAGGCUCUGUCAGUGUGUGCUCAGCUGCCUUGUGCAGCUCUGAGUGAGGAGGGACAGGUUUGUUUUUAUAAAAUUCUGGGUUUAGUCAUAGAGCAAGACUUCUCCUCCUCAUCCCCCAGCCCUGGCAGGCAGGGUGCCCAUGGGGAGCAGCCUGGCUUCAGGUGCAAUACUUGAAAGGGGGUGGGAUUGUGUGUACAGAUUUUUAUAUAUAUAUAUAUAUAUAUAUAUAUAUAUAUAUAUAUACACAUAAAACUUUUCUAUUUGGUAUUUAUUUGUUGGAUUUCAUACUGUUUUCUAAAGUUCUAAUAAACCAUUUGAGACAAGUUCCUGGGAGUGU